GGACUGUUCGUGAGGGGAAAGAGAAUGAAUUGAUUUCAGAUAUUCGGAUGAUUGUUAUGCUGAUGCUGAUGCUGCAUGCUGAGAUGCUGAGAUGCUGAAAUGCUGAUACUGCAUGCCGAGAUUGAAGAACAGGGUAGUACGAUGUGCAGUUCUCUUGUCUUGUAUGCGCAUUUCUGGUUUUGGGCAAGAGUUUUUUUGGGGGGGAAUGGGAAGGUGGUCGGGUGGAUGGGUAGAUGCUUGGAUGGGUGGAUGGGUGGAUGGGUGGUCGGGUGGAUGGAUGGAUGGGUAGAUGGGCACAAAAAGGUCACGGGGGGCAAGGAAGUCUUGAUUACCGUACACAUAGCACAGCACAUAGCACACAGCGCAGCGCAGCGCAGUAGAGCACAGUGGAGCACAGUAGAGCAAAGCCAUCGGUCACAAGGUAAACAGACAGACAGUCGAACAAACAAACAAACAAACCUCAGCGUGUAUGUAUGUAUGUAUGCAUAGGAAGGAUCAAGUGAGGAGGUGAAGAAGUAGAGCCCCGCCCGUGCAAAACGGGAAAAAGGGCGCCGGCGCAAAUAAUGGUAUUGUUAGCGAUAUGGAGACUCUGUUGGGAUGGCUUGGGAUGCGAUGAUAUUCAGCGGGCAAAGCUAGGUAGUACUGCACAGAAA